ACUUUGUUUUUCCAGAAAGAAGACUGCCCUUUCGUGUACAAGGAGAGGGUGAGAGGGUGAUCUAGCUUGUAGAUCGGCUGAAGGCACCAGUGGUUCCAAAUGUCACCCAGAUGUGUGUUUUCAUGACGAUUUGAUUUCUCUGAUUUUAUUUUUACAUUUUUCAUUUUAAAAAUACAAAGUGAUUUUUUGGGGCAUGCGGAAAGGUAACUGAAGACCGCAAAGGAAAAACUAUUGUCAUGGCUGAAGGAGAGAAUGAAGUGAGAUGGGAUGGACUCUGCAGUAGAGAUUCAACUACUAGGGAGACAGCACUGGAAAACAUUAGGCAAACCAUUUUGAGGAAAACCGAGUAUCUUCGUUCGAUGAAAGAAACACCUCAUCGUCCAUCAGACGGGCUUUCAAAUACCGAGUCUUCGGAUGGGUUGAAUAAGCUACUUGCUCAUCUGCUUAUGCUUUCUAAGAGGUGUCCCUUCAAAGAUGUGAGAGAGAAAAGUGAGUUUAUUCUGAAGAGCAUCCAGGAACUUGGCAUUAGAAUUCCUCGACCACUAGGACAGGGACCAAGCAGAUUCAUCCCAGAAAAGGAGAUCCUCCAAGUGGGGAGUGAAGACGCACAGAUGCAUGCUUUAUUUGCAGAUUCUUUUGCUGCUUUGGGCCGUUUGGAUAACAUUACACUAGUGAUGGUUUUCCACCCACAAUAUUUAGAAAGUUUCUUAAAAACUCAACACUAUCUACUGCAAAUGGAUGGGCCGUUACCCCUACAUUAUCGUCACUACAUUGGAAUAAUGGCUGCGGCAAGACAUCAGUGCUCCUACUUAGUGAACCUGCAUGUAAAUGAUUUUCUUCAUGUUGGUGGGGACCCCAAGUGGCUCAAUGGUUUAGAGAAUGCUCCUCAAAAACUACAGAAUUUAGGAGAACUUAACAAAGUGUUAGCCCAUAGACCUUGGCUUAUUACCAAAGAACACAUUGAGGGACUUUUAAAAGCUGAAGAGCACAGCUGGUCCCUUGCGGAAUUGGUACAUGCAGUAGUUUUACUCACACACUAUCAUUCUCUUGCCUCAUUCACAUUUGGCUGUGGAAUCAGUCCAGAAAUUCAUUGUGAUGGUGGCCACACAUUCAGACCUCCUUCUGUUAGCAACUACUGCAUCUGUGACAUUACAAAUGGCAAUCACAGUGUGGAUGAGAUGCCGGUCAACUCAGCAGAAAAUGUUUCUGUAAGUGAUUCUUUCUUUGAGGUUGAAGCCCUCAUGGAAAAGAUGAGGCAGUUACAGGAAUGUCGAGAUGAAGAAGAGGCAAGUCAGGAAGAGAUGGCUUCACGUUUUGAAAUAGAAAAAAGAGAGAGUAUGUUUGUCUUCUCUUCAGAUGAUGAAGAAGUUACACCAGCAAGAGAUGUAUCUCGUCAUUUUGAGGAUACUAGUUAUGGCUAUAAAGAUUUCUCUAGACAUGGGAUGCAUGUUCCAACAUUUCGUGUCCAGGACUAUUGCUGGGAAGAUCAUGGUUAUUCUUUGGUAAAUCGCCUUUAUCCAGAUGUGGGACAGUUGAUUGAUGAAAAAUUUCACAUUGCUUACAAUCUUACUUAUAAUACAAUGGCAAUGCACAAAGAUGUUGAUACCUCAAUGCUUAGACGGGCAAUUUGGAACUAUAUUCACUGCAUGUUUGGAAUAAGAUAUGAUGAUUAUGACUAUGGUGAAAUUAACCAGCUAUUGGAUCGUAGCUUUAAAGUUUAUAUCAAAACUGUUGUUUGCACUCCUGAAAAGGUUACCAAAAGAAUGUAUGAUAGCUUCUGGAGGCAGUUCAAGCACUCUGAGAAGGUUCAUGUUAAUCUGCUUCUUAUAGAAGCUAGGAUGCAAGCAGAACUCCUUUAUGCUCUGAGAGCCAUUACCCGCUAUAUGACCUGAUGCCUUUCCUUCAUUAAAGAUGAUUCUGGAAUGAUCAGCAGAUAUAGUCUACAAGGGGGAAGGUACUAAGCCCCAGGACCAAUGGUAGACAAAAUAAUUCAGAAAUCCAUUGUGCCAUGAUUCCUUUAGUUUCUGCUAUUUUUCUGUGGAAAACCACUGCUGGCACAAGCAGUGACUGUUUGGCAGCUUCAAGUUUAGAGCUGUGAAGACAGGCUGCCAUUCACAGUAUUUUGCUUUUUGACAGUACAAGAUGCUGUGUAACUCUUUUAAUACAGCAAAUAGUAACUCUCCAAAUCCUGUUGCUUUUAUGUUAAAUAAGAUAACAAGAAUUGGAGCAUGCAAAGAAUGGGACUUGGAUAAUGACUUAAGCUUUAUAUGUAAAGAAUUUUAGAAGAUCUUGGUGCUGCUAUUCCUGCUGGAGGAAUGAAUAGAUGGCUGUUUCAGUUAAGCUAUUAGUAAUAAAAGUGAACAUUGCUACUAUCUGAGCCUACAUACAGAACUUGUGUGAUUUCAAAUUAAACUUGCAUUAUGUGUUAAUUUUCUUGCAUCUAAAAAAGCAUAGAAUUCCUACUCACACAGCUCAGCAACAACCAUUUUGAUGGUAACAGUUAAUUUCUUUCAUUAGUUUUUUAAAUUCAGGGUUCUGGAUAUUAAAUUACAAUGGCAUUCUUAAAGAUUUUCUUCAAAAACAAUCCUAAAUGAAAGUGUGUAAAUUAUAAGAAGCUGGCGAUCUUUUGAUAUGCUGUUUCACAGGAUCCUGACACUGGAGGGCAGCUGUGUUGUGCAGUAGUUGUGUUUCCAGCACCAAAGUUGUGGGACAUGUUGCUGUAGACUGCUGCGCAGUCCUGGGUGCAUUCUGUCUCUCUGCCUCUGCCUGCCUCCUGAUCCCCACUUUAAAGGUUGUGCAGCUCCUUAAAUAAUAAAGCUGGAAAAUAUUUUUAGUCGGGUUAUCAAAUUUGAUUUACAAAAACGCUAACUUUGUUUGAAAUGCAAACAGGUUUGAAAAUAUGUAUUAAGUACUUUGUAUUCUGGAAGCGUGAAUUGCUUUUGAAGUCUGUCAGUAUUACUGGUAUUUUUCAAUAAAGAAGAAUUUUUCUCCAAUUUUA